AUGGGCAAAAAGGGCUUUAGAGGAAAGAACCGUCGUGGAGGUGGCCGUGGAGGCGGUCGUGGCGGCGGCGGCGAGGGCGGAAACAGCUGGAGAGACUAUCCUGCACUCAAGAAGGAGAAUGAGAAGCUCCAGCAGUACUACGACUCGCUGCUUGAGUUUUCUGAUGAAGAGAAGACGCAGUUUUGGGAGGCAUUGAGGCGCGAGCUGCCCAACAGCUUCCGCUUCUGCGGUUCGAAGGGCCAUGCGCUGGCCGUCGAGAGACUUCUGCGAUCCCGAUACAUUCCCGAAAUCGUCAAGAUCGAGCACCAGGAUGGCCGUCCCGUCGACCCUCCCCAGCCUGUUUCCUGGUACCCCGACGAGCUUGCUUGGUGGAUGACCACGCCCAAGAACGUUGUCCGCAAGUUCCCUCCCUUUGCAGCCUUCCAGAAGUUCCUCGUGUCCGAGACCAGCGUCGGAAACAUCAGCAGACAAGAGGUCGUCAGUAUGAUUCCUCCUCUGUUGAUGGAUCUCCGACCAGGCAUGACUGUGCUGGACAUGUGCGCCUCGCCUGGCAGCAAGUCCGCCCAGCUGCUGGAGAUGCUCCACGUUGGCGAAGAGUCUCGCGUGAGGAAGGUUCUGCGAGAAUUCGCCAAGGAAGACGGCCUAGACCUUGGUGACGAGACCAAGGAAGAAGCCGAGGCGGAUCUAGAGGCUGAUGCCUCUGAUGCCGGCCGUGCUACAGGUCUGCUGAUCGCCAACGAUGCUGACUACAAGCGUGGCCAUCUUCUAGUCCAUCAACUCAAGAGACUGUCAUCGCCCAAUCUCCUGGUCAUGAACCACGAUGCCACUCAAUUCCCCUCCAUCAAGCUGCCCUCGACCGAUCCGAACUCAAACAAGAACAACUACCUGAAGUUUGACAGAAUCUUGGCCGAUGUCCCCUGCUCCGGAGACGGAACAGCACGAAAGAACGCCAACCUGUGGAAAGAUUGGCAGCCGGGUAGUGCCUUGGGCCUUCACAUCACCCAGAUUCGCAUUCUUGUCCGUGCCCUGCAGCUUCUCAAGGUCGGUGGUCGCGUUGUGUACUCCACCUGCAGUAUGAACCCUGUCGAGAAUGAGUCGAUCAUUGCUGCUGCGAUUGAGAGAUGCGGUGGCUUGGAUAAUGUGGAGAUCGUUGACUCUAGCGAUAAGUUGGAUGGUCUCGUGCGUCGACCUGGCCUCAAGUCCUGGAAGAUCAUGGACAAGAGCGGCAAGAUCUGGAACAACUGGGAGGAGGUUGAGAACUUCACCAAGGAGAGCAAAGAUGGCGUAACCCCUGGUCGACUCGUCCCGUCCAUGUUUCCGGAUCCUAAUGGCACUACUCUGCCCCUAGAGCGCUGCAUGAGAAUCUACCCGCACUUGCAGGAUACUGGCGGCUUUUUCAUUACAGUUCUGGAGAAGAAGGCAGAGUUCAAGGCUAAGAACGAGAAUGAGCCCAAACAGGCCAACCAGACCAACGGCGCGGUAGAGGAUGCUGCUGCCGCUAUCCCUGCGGCCGAGACAAAGGCAGAGGACGCUUCUGCGCCGGAAGAGAAGAAGGAAGAUGAACCCAUGGAGGACGCCUCCCCCGCCGCUAGCAAGCGACCCCUGGAGGCUGAGGAAGAUGCAGAACAGCCCGCCAAGAAGGCAAAGACCGCAGAGGAAAGUUCAGCAGCCACCACUCCGGCCCCUGCUGCCGCUGCUACGACUGAGCGCCAAGACCGCCCAGGCAAGCCAAAGAGGAACGGCCCCAUUGAAGAGCCUUUCAAGUACCUCGAUCCCUCCCACCCUGUCAUCCAAAACAUCAAAGACUUUUACAGACUGUCCAGCCGCUUCCCCACCAACCGAUACAUGGUGAGGAACGAGAUGGGAGAGCCUGCCAAGGCCAUCUACUACACCACCGCCCUUACGCGAGACAUCCUCACGGAGAACGAAGGCAGAGGCCUCAAGUUCAUCCACGGUGGUGUCCGCAUGUUCAUGAAGCAGGACGCUCCGUCGGCGGAGGUCUGCCGCUGGCGUAUCCAAGCCGAAGGCAUGCCCAUCCUGCAGGGCUACGUCGGCGAGCCUCGCGUUGUGCGCCUGCGCAAGAAGGAGACGCUGCAUAAGCUCCUCAUUGAGAUGUUCCCCAAGAUUAACGAAGGAGAGUGGCAGAACUUUGAGGAGAUUGGCGAGCGUGUGCGCGACAUUGGCAUGGGAUGCUGCGUGCUGAGAGUCGAGCCGGAGGGCGACGACCCGGAGUGGCAGGAGAGAAUGGCUCUCCCGCUGUGGAAGAGCAUCCACUCGCUGAAUCUGAUGUUGCCCAAGGAGGAUCGUUCUGCCAUGUUGCUUAGAGUGUUUAACGAUACGUCGCCGUUGAUUAAUAUCAGCCUCCAACGUAAGGAGAAGCAGGAGAAGGCGGCUGAGGAACAGGAGCAGGAGGCUGGAGAGCAGGAAGAUGAAGAGAUUGACGUGGAAGAUAUUCCCACGCCUGAGGGAGCUGAUUAA